UAUUCAAGAACAUCUCCUAAUUUUAGUCAAAUUAAUGUGUUUAUUUCAGUUAAUGGUCAACCAAGACCCCUUGAAUCAAGUCAGGUGAAAUACCUCCGUCGAGAACUGAUAGAACUUCGAAAUAAAGUAAAUCGUUUAUUGGAUAGCCUGGAACCACCUGGAGAACCAGGACCUUCCACCAAUAUUCCUGAAAAUGAUACUAUGGAUGGUAGGGAAGAAAAGCCUGCUGCUUCUGAAUCUUCGGGAAAACAGUCUACUCAGGUUAUGGCAGCAAGUAUGUCAGCUUUCGAUCCUUUAAAAAACCAAGAUGAAAUCAAUAAAAAUGUCAUGUCAGCAUUUGGCUUAACAGAUGAUCAGGUUUCAGAAACCUGCCUCUUUUCCUUGUAUUUUCUUUUUUUAGGUCAGAUGUACCAACAGUACCAGCAACAGGCUGGCUAUGGUGCACAGCAGCCACAGGCUCCGCCUCAGCCACCUCAACAGUAUGGUAUUCAGUAUUCAGCAAGCUAUAGUCAGCAGACUGGACCCCAGCAACCUCAUCAAUUCCAGGGAUAUGGCCAGCAACCAACUUCCCAGGCACCGGCUCCUGCCUUUUCUGGUCAGCCUCAACAACUGCCUGCUCAACCGACACAGCAGUACCAGGCGAGCAGUUAUCCUCCACAAACUUAUACUGCCCAAACCUCUCAGCCAACUAAUUAUACUGUUGCCCCUGCCUCUCAACCUGGAAUGGCUCCAAGCCAACCAGGGGCCUAUCAGCCAAGACCAGGUUUUACUCCACCUCCUGGAACUACCAUGACCCCUCCUCCAAGUGGGCCUAACCCUUAUUCACGUAACCGUCCUCCAUUUGGUCAGGGCUAUACCCAACCUGGACCUGGUUAUCGAUAAAAACGCUCAGCUACACUGAUCAGUUAUAGCUGCUAGCUAUUUGCCUCCCAAAAGACUCCAAUACUACUAUUUUAAUUUGUAUUGAAGUUCAGAAAUUUAAAAAGCAGAGCAUUUUUUAUGAUAUCAUUGUUGCUGUUAAUUGAAAGUAUAAUUUGCUGAAACAAAAAAAAGACCAAAAUGAAAGUUUUUUUCUCCCCUGCUUAAAAAUGUAGCAGCUUCCUGGUUAUUUUGGAACACUACUCUUACAUGUGUGUCAAGUGAUUGACUUUCUAGCUUCCCUUGUCCAGAGGAUAUUAAAAUGCUAGGUUGAGGUUUAACCUUCCUAUUUGGCUUUUUACUAUUAACAUGAUGUACUAAAGUAGAGCUCGCUGAGAAGAUAACUAGAUAUUAUGUAUAAAAUAUAACAUUGAUAGGUUAAUAAAGAUGAUUGAAUCCAUU